UGUCCUGAAGAACAAAUGUCUGGACUGGUCAAUUUCGAAGACGAAGAGGAGGUGAAAGUUUAUUUGGAAAAUCUGGGAAUAGAAUAUAGUUUCCAAUGCUACAAAGAGCACGAUCCUGACGGUUGCCAUCGUUUAGCUGAUUAUCUAGCUGGAAUAAAGGGCAGCUUUGAAGGAGCUGCAAAAGUUCUAAAAGAGAACUGUGAAAAUAAUCUGCACAGUGAGAGCUGCUACAAACUUGGAAAUUACUAUUUGACUGGAAAAGGCGGGCUUCCAAGAGAUGCGAAAACUGCUUACCAAUGUUUUUUGAAAUCUUGUGAAAAAGGUGGGAAGAAAUCCAUCAAUGCUUGUCACAGUGCUGGAUUACUGCUACAAGAUGGACAAGUAAAUAAUGAUGAGAAGCCUAAUGUCCCUUUAGCCAGGGACUAUUAUAGUAAAGCUUGUGACAAUGAUUUCCCCCCCAGCUGUUUCAAUCUAAGUACUAUUUAUCUUCAAGGAGCUCCUGGGAUAUCAAAGGAUAUGAAUCAAGCAUUGCACUAUUCUCUAAAAGCAUGUGACUUAGGACAUAUAUGGGCAUGUGCCAAUGCUAGUCGAAUGUACAAAUUGGGGGAUGGAGUUGAGAAGAAUGAUGCCAAGGCUGAAACCUUAAAGAACAGAGCAGAAACCUUAUACAAAGAACAGAACACAGCUGUAAAUACUUUAACAUUUGGACAGUAAGCCUAAACAAAACUAGUUUGUAAAAAUAUACUUGUUAAAUAGGGCAGGUAUUUAAUCUAGAUGUAUUCUCUUGAAUGUUCAAAACUUGUAAAUGAAAUUUUGUAUAAUUUAUUAUAUAAGGUAAUAAAAUAACUGGAUUUUA